UGUGAUACAUUAAUAUUAUGCGUGUUUCUCUCUCUCAAGAAUGUUUGUUUAUUUGAGAAAAAAAAGAUACUUUUUUAAGUAAUGGGUAUUUGAUGAUUGGUUUAUUACAGUUCAUAUCUUGUCAGCAAUCCGCGUUAUUUUUUUGUUUCCUUUUAUUGAAUUUUUGUAUUAAAAUUGUUAACAUGGAGUGAAAUUCUUUUGUCUCUGUAGUCACUAUCAGAUCUGCAUUUUGGCUUUGUUUGUGUGGGGAAACAUAGUACAUAAAAACAGCUUUGUCUUUACGAGGUAAUGUCCAAAUUUGGGUCAUAUGUUGGAAUCUUUGGGUUAUAUUAGCAGCUGUUAAGUGAUGGAGUGAAAUUGUUACAAGGAGAUUCUUGAAGUUUCUUGUUAUGGGGUGUGUUUGUUCUUUGUGUUUUUUGUGGUGUGUGAUUUGAUUUGGAGAUAAAGUUUGAAACUUUGGGAGGAUUUUUCUUUGAGGGUGAAAUUUUUUUGGAGCUUCUUGAAGUUUUAUGUUGUUUGUGUAUUUGUUCUAGGUGUUUUUGUGGUUGAAUUUGGGGAUCAAGUUAGAAACUUUGGGAGAGUUUUCUUUGGGAAUGAAAUUGUUUGGAGAUUCUUGAAGUUUCAUGCUGUUUAUGUGUUUGUUCUGUGUUUUUGUGGCGUGUGAUUGGAUUUAAAUAUAAAGUUUGAAACUUUGGGAGAGUUCUUAUUUGAGGGUGAAUUUUUUUGGAGCUUCUUGAAGUUUCAUGUUAUUUAUGUGUUUGUUCUAGGUGCUUUUGUGGUGUAUGAUUGGAUUUGGGGAUCAAGUUUGAAACUUUGGGAGAAUUCUUCUUUGGGAAUGAAAUUAUGAGGAGAUUCUUGAAGUUUCAAGUUGCUUAUGUGUUUGUUCUGGUGUUUUUGUGGUGUGAUUGAAUUUGGGGAUCAAGUUUGAAACUUUGGGGAACUUCUUCUUUGGGAAUAUUGGGGUUGUCAGUUUGAGUGAAUGUUUGUUUAUUGAAUAGAAUGAUUAAGAGCUCUAUUCUAGACUACCGUGGAAUUCUUGUGAUGGGCUGAUAUGUGAAAAAAAGAAGUGAUCUGGGGAUUAAAAGAAAAGGAGAACACAGAAAGUUCAUGCUCUCCAGAUUCGACUAUAAUAAGGUAUAAGUCCUCGAUUAGAACUGGUAGGAGGAAAAAUGGGGUCAAGGGAAGAAAGGCAUAGGUUGAAUCAUGAUCUUGUACCAUUAGCAGCACUGAUUAGCAGGGAACUACGGAGUGAGAAAAUGGAGAAGCCAAAUGUAAGAUAUGGAUGUGCAGCUCAGUCCAAGAAAGGUGAGGAUUAUUAUCUGAUGAGGACAGAUUGCCAGAGAGUUCAAGGCAAUCCUUCAUCAUCCUUCUCCGUGUUUGCGAUCUUUGAUGGACAUAAUGGGACAGCAGCUGCAGUGUUCUCAAAAGAUAAUUUACUAAAUCUUGUUUUGAGUGCCAUACCUCGCGGACUCGGAAGGGACGAGUGGCUUCAUGCUUUGCCUCGUGCACUAGUUGCUGGGUUUGUGAAAACUGAUAAGGAGUUCCAGAGAAAAGGACUAACAUCUGGAACUACAGCUACAUUUGUGAUCGUUGAUGGAUGGACAGUGACAGUUGCGUCUGUUGGAGAUUCCCGCUGCAUUUUGGAUACUCAGGGCGGUGCUGUUUCAGAAUUAACUGUAGACCAUAGGCUUGAAGAAAAUGCAGAGGAAAGGGAGCGUGUCACAGCAAGUGGUGGUGAAGUAGGAAGACUAAGCAUUUUUGGUGGUACUGAGAUUGGUCCUCUUCGUUGUUGGCCAGGAGGUUUAUGCCUUUCAAGAUCAAUCGGAGAUAUGGAUGUAGGGGAAUUCAUUGUUCCAAUACCAUAUGUCAAACAAGUAAAACUAUCUACUGCAGGUGGAAGGCUAAUCAUUGCAUCUGAUGGAAUUUGGGAUGCUGUAUCAUCAGACAUGGCUGCCAAGUCUUGUCGUGGCUUGCCUGCUGAGCUUGCUGCUAGACAAGUCGUGAAGGAUGCUUUGAGGACCCGUGGGCUGAAGGAUGACACAACAUGCAUAGUAGUUGACAUAAUUCCUCCCGAUAACACUGUACAGCCUGCAACUCCGCCAAAGAAGUAUAACAAGUUCCAAUCCCUUUUCUUCAGAAGAAAGUCGCAUAAAUCUGUUGCUAAACUAUCGAAAAAGCUGUCAGCUGUAGGCAUUGUAGAGGAACUGUUUGAAGAAGGCUCAGCAAUGCUUGCUGAAAGAUUGGGGAGUGAGGAUUCAAAUGGUCCAUCAAUGUCCGGUCUCUUCAUUUGUGCUGUUUGUCAGGUUGACCUUGCUGCAAGCGAAGGCAUAUCAGUACAUGCUGGUUCCAUUUUCUCAACGAGCUCAAAGCCUUGGCAAGGUCCUUUCCUAUGUGCUGACUGUCGUAAUAAGAAAGAUGCCAUGGAAGGAAAACGACCAAGUGGAGUUAAAGUCGCUUAACUCCGUGCAUCAUUGCCAAAGUGUGUCAAAUUUUUUGUUAUAGUAAUUCUUUCUGAUUUCUGUCUCAUAUCUUAGUUAAGGUGAUUUAUUGAACGUUGGCAUCAAAGCAUAUUAUAUGUCAGCCAAUAAUGUAAAUAGGUUCUAUUAAAUGAAAAAAAAAUGUGAUAGAGCUAAUUGGGGUGUUCUCA